CUGUCUCUCCCCCCACUUCCCCCCCCCCCGCUUUCCCUCUCCCGUCUUCAAUCAGUUUGUGCUACUCAUCAGAUCAGGAUAGCCGCUUCAGCUCCGAGACACAGCUCCAACUCUCUGAUAUACCAAUGCAGGGGAUAUUUGGGAGGCACGCCGAGAUACAGCUGCACUGCUACAGCGGGAAGGGCAUGUGAACUCCGGGGAAGAAUGAACAGGAUCGCCACGAUUGUCUGGCUGCUGCAGCUGUUGCAGAAAGCGGAGGGGCAGGUCUUUCCAGGCGGUUGUUCAUUUGAUGAACACUACAGUAACUGUGGUUAUAGCGUGGCAUUGGGAACCAAUGGAUUUACCUGGGAACAGAUCAACACCUGGGAAAAGCCUACAAUGGAUCCAGCUGUCCCCACUGGUUCCUUCAUGAUGGUGAACAGCUCGGGACGGGCAUCUGGGCAGAAAGCUCACUUGCUGUUGCCUACCUUGAAGGAAAACGACACUCAUUGUAUCGACUUUCAUUACUACCUGUCCAGUAGAGACCGUUCAAGCCCUGGCUCUCUGAAUGUCUACGUGAAGGUUAACGGUGGACCUCAGGGCAAUCCCAUCUGGAAUGUGUCGGGGAUUGUUACAGAAGGCUGGGUGAAAGCAGAGCUUGCUAUCAGCACAUUCUGGCCACAUUUUUAUCAGGUGAUAUUUGAAUCUGUCUCUUUGAAAGGACAUCCAGGGUACAUAGCCGUGGAUGAAGUCAGAGUCCUUGCCCAUCCUUGCCGAAAAGCACCUCACUUCCUGCGGCUUCAGAACGUGGAGGUCAACGUGGGACAGAAUGCAACGUUCCAGUGCAUUGCAGGGGGCAAGUGGUCCCAGCAUGACAAACUCUGGCUCCAGCAAUGGAAUGGAAGGGACACUGCCUUAAUGGUCACCAGGGUGGUCAACCACAGACGGUUUUCGGCUACAGUCAGCGUAGCGGACACUUCUCAGCGUAGCAUCAGUAAAUACCGGUGCGUGAUUCGCUCAGAUGGUGGCUCUGGAGUUUCAAAUUAUGCAGAACUAAUAGUGAAAGAACCUCCAACACCCAUUGCGCCCCCUGAACUGCUGGCUGUCGGUGCCACCUACUUGUGGAUCAAACCAAAUGCCAACUCCAUUAUUGGUGAUGGGCCUAUAAUAUUGAAGGAAGUGGAGUACCGUACAACAACUGGGAAUUGGGCAGAAACUCACAUUGUAGACUCCCCCAAUUACAAGCUGUGGCACCUGGACCCAGAUGUGGAGUAUGAGAUCAGAGUGCUUCUUACCCGCCCUGGUGAAGGAGGAACCGGACCCCCUGGGCCUCCACUCACGACAAGAACAAAGUGUGCAGAUCCAGUCCAUGGACCACAGAACGUGGAAGUUGUUGACAUUCGUUCCCGACAACUAACCUUGCAAUGGGAACCCUUUGGUUAUGCAGUGACCCGCUGCCAUAGCUACAACCUUACCGUCCAGUACCAGUACGUGUUUAACCAGCAGAAGUAUGAGGCAGAGGAGCUCAUCCAGACUUCCUCGCACUACACCUUGCGAGGCCUUCGGCCUUUCAUGACCAUUCGCCUGAGGCUAGCGCUCUCUAAUCCUGAGGGCAAGAUGGAAAGUGAGGAACUAGUUGUGCAGACUGAGGAAGAUGUUCCUGGGCCCAUUCCUUUGGAAUCCAUCCAGGGAGGACCUUUCGAAGAGAAGAUUUAUGUUCAGUGGAAGCCUCCAAAUGAGACAAAUGGUAUCAUUACACUCUACGAGAUUACAUACAAGGCUGUUGGGUCUCUGGAUCCCACUGCUGACCUGUCCAGCCAGAGGGGAAAGGUCUUCAAACUAAGGAAUGAAACUCACCACCUCUUUGUAGGGUUAUAUCCAGGGACUACCUAUUCGUUCACCAUCAAAGCCAGCACAGUGAAGGGCUUCGGACCUCCCAUCACAACCCGGAUUGCAACUAAAAUUUCAGCACCCUCAAUGCCUGAAUAUGAUACAGACUCACCCUUGAAUGAAACCGACACUACCAUCACGGUCAUGCUGAAGCCUGCUCAUUCCCGUGGAGCACCUGUCAGUGUCUAUCAGCUUGUUGUCAAAGAAGAGAGGCUGCAAAAGGCACGGAGGGCUGCAGACAUCAUUGAGUGCUUCUCUGUCCCAGUGAGCUACAAGAAUGCUUCCAGCCUUGACUCACCCCAUUACUUUGCAGCUGAGCUGAAACCCAUCAACCUGCCAGUCACUCAACCCUUCACAGUGGGUGACAACAAAACCUACAAUGGAUAUUGGAAUGCUCCACUCUCACCACUGAAAAGCUACAGCAUCUACUUCCAGGCUCUUAGCAAAGCAAAUGGAGAGACCAAAAUCAACUGUGUUCGACUGGCGACAAAAGGAGCUUCCACCCAGAAUUCCAAUGCAGUGGAGCCAGAAAAGCAAGUUGACAGCACAGUGAAAAUGGCUGGAGUUAUAGCUGGGCUUCUGAUGUUUGUUAUUAUCCUCUUGGGAGCAAUGCUCACUAUCAAAAGAAGAAGAAAUGCAUAUUCCUACUCAUAUUACUUGAAACUAGCCAAGAAGCAGAAAGAGACUCAGAGCAGCACCCAGAGAGAGAUGGGCCCUGUUGCUACUUCAGAUAAGACCUCCACCAAACUCAGCGCAGUCCACAAUGAAGAAGCAUUUUCAGCCAGCUGCCAAGAUGUUAAUGGAUUCACAUCAUCCUCUCCUUGUUCAUUUUCUGUCCAAAGCAAAACCCUUCAGAGCAAAUCUUUGUUGAAUUCCUACUACUCAGUAUCAUCAGACACUGUUCCAUCGACCACGCUGCUAGACAGUAGCCAUGGGGAGAUGACCCAGCCGACUCUGACUAUCCAGACCCAUCCAUACCGAAGCUGUGAGCCAGUGGAAAUGUCCUACCCCAGGGGGCAGUUCCAGCCAGCUAUCCGAGUGGCCGACUUGCUACAGCACAUCACCCAGAUGAAACGAGGACAGGGCUAUGGAUUUAAAGAGGAGUAUGAGGCUCUCCCUGAAGGGCAGACAGCAUCUUGGGAUACAGCCAAGGAAGACGAAAACCGCAAUAAGAAUAGAUAUGGGAACAUAAUCUCCUAUGACCAUUCAAGGGUGAGAUUGCAACUGCUUGAUGGAGACCCUCACUCAGACUACAUAAAUGCCAACUAUAUAGAUGGAUAUCACCGACCUCGUCACUACAUUGCCACUCAAGGACCAAUGCAAGAAACGGUGAAGGAUUUCUGGAGAAUGAUUUGGCAAGAGAACUCUGCAAGUGUUGUCAUGGUCACCAACUUGGUGGAAGUUGGCAGGGUAAAGUGUGUUAGAUACUGGCCAGAUGACACAGAGGUCUAUGGAGAUAUUAAAGUCACAUUAAUUGAGACAGAGCCAUUGGCAGAGUAUGUCAUACGCACAUUUACUGUACAAAAGAAAGGCUACCAUGAGAUCCGAGAGAUUCGUCAGUUCCACUUCACCAGCUGGCCAGACCAUGGGGUCCCUUGCUAUGCCACAGGUCUUUUGGGCUUUGUUCGACAGGUGAAGUUCCUUAAUCCUCCUGAGGCAGGGCCGAUAGUUGUACACUGCAGUGCUGGUGCUGGGAGGACGGGGUGCUUUAUUGCCAUUGACAUCAUGCUUGACAUGGCAGAGAAUGAAGGUGUGGUAGAUAUAUUUAACUGCGUGCGAGAGCUGCGAUCCCAGAGGGUCAAUUUGGUGCAGACAGAGGAGCAGUACGUCUUUGUCCAUGAUGCCAUUCUGGAAGCAUGUCUUUGUGGCAACACGGCAAUUCCAGUUUGUGAGUUCAGAUCUGUAUAUUACAACAUCAGCAGACUAGACCCACAGACCAAUUCCAGCCAGAUCAAAGAUGAAUUUCAGACCCUCAAUAUUGUGACACCACGUGUUCGGCCAGAAGAUUGCAGUAUUGGUCUCUUGCCAAGGAACCAUGACAAGAAUCGCUGCAUGGAUGUGCUGCCCUUGGACCGGUGCCUCCCCUUCCUCAUCUCUGUGGAUGGUGAAUCAAGCAACUACAUCAAUGCUGCACUCAUGGAUAGCCACAAGCAACCUGCUGCCUUUAUUGUAACCCAGCACCCUUUACCAAAUACCAUAGCAGACUUCUGGAGGCUGGUGUUUGAUUACAACUGUUCCUCCGUAGUGAUGCUGAAUGAAAUGGAUGCUGCGCAGCUCUGCAUGCAGUAUUGGCCAGAGAAAACAUCCUGUUGUUAUGGGCCAAUCCAAGUGGAGUUUGUUUCAGCAGACAUUGAUGAGGAUAUCAUCAACAGGAUAUUCCGGAUCUGCAACAUGGCCAGGCCCCAGGAUGGAUAUCGUAUAGUGCAGCACUUGCAAUACAUUGGCUGGCCAGCAUACAGGGACACCCCUCCUUCCAAACGCUCCCUUCUGAAGGUGGUUAGGAGGCUGGAGAAAUGGCAGGAGCAGUAUGAUGGGAGAGAUGGACGCACUGUUGUUCACUGCCUGAAUGGUGGUGGGCGCAGUGGCACUUUCUGUGCCAUCUGUAGUGUCUGUGAAAUGAUUCAGCAACAAAAUAUCAUUGAUGUAUUCCAUAUAGUAAAGACAUUACGAAAUAACAAAUCCAACAUGGUGGAAUCACUGGAACAGUAUAAAUUUGUAUAUGAGGUUGCACUGGAAUAUUUGAGUUCCUUUUAGCCUAGCAAAAUAGGAGCUUUCUGAAUUCCAGCGCUCAGUGUCUAAAGAACACGUUUUUCACACUAAAAAGUAGUAACAGUGUGAGGAGGCUACGCUCUCCAUCCUGAAGGAAGAGACUGAAACUGUACAGACCUCAAUGCCACUGGGAGGAGAUGAUGAUCCCCAUGUUUGCUGCUGCCUGUUUUCUAUUGCAGCAUUUACCACUUCUUAAAUAACCUAAUGUACCAAUUGGCAGAACAGAAGCAAACUUGGAAGACUGUGCUUUCUAAUCCCCUCUGACCUCUUUUCUCCCACUUUGGAUGUGUAUUUUUGCUCUCCUUGUUACAAAGGGAAAAAAACAAAAAAAACACUGGGACAGUCUGUCUUUUAAACAGCGCUGUUUUCUGUUCUCAAAUUCCAUCCUUUACUCUUUUAAUUUCAUGCAUCAGCCAUUUGGGAAACUGAAAGAGCCAUAGGGGAAAUCUGAGACUUUGGGUUACAAUUAAAUUAAUCCACCUGAUCUAUAUGUUUUCAAAUGAGUAGGCCAGCACAAAAAAGCAGCAAUUCUCUUCCUCUGCCCUGUUCAUCCUACACCUAAAAAUAGGGGAUGGAAAUGAGAAGCUGUUCAUGGAGUCACUGCACCAUCUAUUCCACAAUAUUUUCCUUCCGCAUUCUGUUAAGGUGCUGUACAUGAACUGGUUACAUCUCUCUGAUCCACAUUAGUUUCAGUGCUGGUGAAGCAAUUUCAAACAAAAUGGGUUUCCCUUCAGUUUUAAUCAUGCAAAUUCUGCCAUUAUGCACUUGUGUCAAACUGACUGCAUUAGUUUUGCAAUUUGGGUGAUUUUUUUUUACUACAUUUUUCAAGCAUUUACUGGGGUGCAGUGGGCUUCCUAAAAUAAGGGCAUAAAAUGGAUACUUUUUGAAGAUAUAGAGUAUGUACUGUUUUUACUUAUUGUGUGUAUUGUUAAAGCACCAAUGAGCUCUCAUCUUGCCCAAGACCCCACUGCUCUAGGCACUGAAGAAAUGCAGAACAAAGACAGACCUUGCCCCACAAAAGCUUAUAAUCUAAGAAUUAUCUUAAACUGGGGUUUGACCAAGUCUUGUCACUCUGCUCCCAAAGUGUUAUACAGUCAAAACUAGCUGCAUGAUUUAGCUGGCAUUCUUGCCUCCAAAAUUCCUUGGUAGUAACCUGUUCAGCCUGUAUGAAAUCUUCUGCACCUAAACAGGAAAGUGUUUUUGAUAUUUGCUAAAAAAUCAUUACUUCAUAAACAAGAAGGCGUUGGCUUUGUUCACAAAAAUGUCUGUGAAAUUUCAGGUUUUGGAAACAAAUGCUGGACAUAUUUUAUCUUGGUCCUAUAGCCCAGUCUUUUUUCUUGCAUCUACAGAAUAGCCUAUUAAGUAGUUAAGCAGGAAAGACUGGGUUCAAACUUGGGAGCGUGAAAUGAUUUAAAUUAACCAGAUUUUUACAGUUGUUGUAUUUUUACUCUUCCAGCCUUCUGUUGUCCUAACUGUGUGGCGAUGAGAAGCUGCUGUGUGCAUUGCCUAGAUUCUUGGUAACAUAGGGGUUUUUUAAUUUGUUUUUAUUGUUUGUUUUUAGUAUAGACUUUCUAUCAAAGCAAGACUGAAGAAAUGAGUUUUGUAGAGCUCUUCAAUUCCUCAUUCCCAACCCUACUUUUUCCACCUUCUGGUGAAUACCCAGGCUUUCCAUUCCCAGAGAUGACAGAUGGAUUUACAUGAUAUAGAUUUUUAACAUUAGAAAUUAACUGCUUCUCUUUAGAAAAAAAAAAAAUCUUAGUCCCAAAGACACCAAUAAGUAAUAGCCACUCUUAGGCAGCAAAUUAGGUCUCAUCUACACUGCCUCCAUGCUGCCAGAAAACAUGUCACAACCGCUAAGUCCUGCCCUGCCUGUGCCAAAUCCCAGAAAUAAGGCAACAUAACUGCUUUGUCUUUAGCAUGUCCCUGACCAUGUAACAAUAAUCACACUCAAAAAGAGAAACUGAGAGCAGCACUGGGUACAUGCAUGCCAUGUGCCCAUGUAAUGGAGCUAUAUCACCUCAUUUCUGGCAUUCGGCAUGGGUGGAGUAGGAUAGAGUAGGCCAGGUAUGCUUCAUGAUGGUGCUGAUGGCCCUAGUAUGGAGGAGAUGUUGUCAAACUCUCACCCAUUUUGUCUCUUCUGUAUCCGGCAUGACAUAAAGUACCUGUGAUACCUUUG